GGUUCAUUGUUUGGAACGGCGUGCACCUGGAAGGACGCAAAAACGGUUCUUCGCGAGUGCUAUUAUAUCCAGGGGGAGUGUCGUAGUGUUGGUGCGCGGUGGUGGUUCUGGUCUGGUUCCGUAGAUGAGCUGGUGUGUGAGGAGGAGGUCUCGACACUGGUGUAGAGUCGAUUCCGCCAACAACAACAACAACGACGACGGUGACGACCAGCCGACGAUUGUAUUAAAAUUGAAUGGUAGAAUAGAAUAAAAAAAACUAGUUCUACACAUAAAAGUGUUGUACAUAUACAAAGAGUACCGAGUGGAAUUGCGUUUAAAUAGUUUCGAGAGGGGAAUAAUAAAAGAGACAAGUACAGUGAAGUUAUCAUCGCGUCCGUUUGACACAUAUCGAUAAAAUAAAGCUAGAUAGAAUCGAUUACGGGGUGUCGCUGCAGAGUUCCGGCGGUGGCGGCGGCCAACUUUCGCGAGUGUGAGUGUGCGGUAGAAAAAAGUUCCCAGAAGUGUCACACCGGAAGUACCUCCGGGAAACGAUCCGGAAUUACCCUGAAACCAGUCCCACUGGGAGUAGCAGCAGUAGACAGCAGUGUUCAGCAAUUGCACAAUGAGUGGUGCAAUCAAUAACAGCAGACAUCAGAAGCUGGAACAGCAACGCCAGCUAAUGGAGGCCUACAUCCGGCAGAAACGGGCCACGCCCGGGAUGGUCCAGGCAAGUGACCUGCAGCUCGUCCGGCCCAUGUCCGCGGUAAACCGAAACGGGCGAGAGGUGCACGCGUACGAUGGCCCAAUGCAGUUCAUGAUGUCGCCCAGCAAUCCGGACCAGAUCAUCAGCAGCAGCGGGUCGCCGACGACGGUCACGGCGACCGGAACUGGGACGACGACGACGGGGUCGGUCACGACGACACCGACCUCACCGUACAGCGACGCCACCCUGGAAAAACUCACCCCAUCCUCGCAGGACAGUGAAGACGAGGAGAGCACACCGGUGGACAUUCUGCCCUCCACGAACAGCUUCGACCGGCACAGUGACGGCCACCUGACGCACUCGGCACCGAUUUCACCCGCCCUCAACAACAACGUCAGUAGGGACAGCCAGCAGGACAGCGGCAGCAGUGGCAAUCUGAAGAGCACGGAACACUCCUCGCCACAGGCCAGCGGCCAUAAUGACGCCGAGGGAGACGUGGCCGGGCCAAUCGAACAGUGGGUGACGCAGCCGGCGGCCCAGGGAGUGCUGUACAAGUGCCGGAUAACGCGCGACCGGAAGGGCAUGGACCGGGGGUUGUUCCCGAUCUACUAUCUGCACCUGGAGCGGGACUACGGCAAGCGGUUGUUUUGUUUGGCAGGUCGCAAGCGCAAAAAGAGCAAAACGUCCAACUACAUCAUCAGCUGCGACCCGACCGAUCUGUCCCGCCAGGCGGACGGCUUCGUGGGGAAGCUGCGCUCGAACGUGUUCGGCACCACGUUCUUCGUGUACGACAACGGCAAAAAGGACGACCCGGUUAGCCCGCGGCUCGAUCUGGCCGUGGUCAUCUACGACACCAACAUCCUGGGCUUCAAGGGACCUCGCAACAUGACGGUGCUGCUGCCGGGCAUGACCGAGGACGACCAGAGGGUGAAGAUCAACUCGUCCGACAGUCACGGCCAGGGGCUGCUCGACAGCUGGAAGUCGAAGCACAUGGACAAUGUCGUUGAACUGCACAACAAGACGCCCAUCUGGAACGACGAGACGCAGUCGUACGUGCUCAACUUCCACGGCCGGGUCACGCAAGCGUCCGUUAAGAACUUUCAGCUGGUGCACGACUCCGACCCGGACUACAUCGUGAUGCAGUUUGGCCGGACGUCGGACGACAUUUUCACGAUGGAUUUCCGGUACCCGCUGUGCGCGUUCCAGGCGUUUGCGAUCGCACUGAGCAGCUUCGACGGGAAGCUGGCCUGCGAGUAGAGGGGAGGGGUUUUAUAGGGCGUUUAAGGCUAAAGGGAAACACCAUGUGUUGAGAGCUGAGUUUUUUUUUGAAGAGGAAUUUCGGAGCGAAUUCUUUCAUCAGGUACAAUUUAGUGUAGCGUUUAGCCGGGAGGAACGCACGAACUUCAAUUAUAGUGAGCAAAAGAGCAAAAUUAGACAAACAAAAAAUGGUAACAAAUAGAGAUUUCUAUGAAAAGUCACACAAGCUUGAACACUCAAAGAAAGGGUCAAGUUGUAGUUUUAGUACGCGCAAGGAAUUGUAAAGAGCUUGAGAUUGAAAUAGUUAAGGACACGAGAUUUGAACGUAGUAUUUAUUAAGUUUUAUUAUUUCUCUAAGAAUUGGCUCACACGACUAGGAAAAGAAAAAAAAAGGACGCGAUCGAUUUUCGGCACGAGCGGCGUUCAAGUGGAUUUUAAUCGUUUCACGUUUUGUCUAGACAUAACCUCACUUUUUCCAAGAAAAACACAAAUCUCAAUAGCCCUUCUGCGACAAACGGAGAUGGAAUGUACGAUAAUAAGCAAUUGGCACGCAAGUGGGUCAUUUCUUUCUUUUUUUGUUCAUGGGGAUUUCCCACUCGAGUCCGAGUGGAGCCUGUCAGCGUAAUUUCGUGAAUUCCCAUUAAAGAGGAAGAGGACAAACGCGUGCUUGGCCGCAGUCGCCGUUACGCGCCACUGAGUCAUCGGUCACCAUAAUAAAGCCAAACCAUAAAUCUGCGGCCAUGACCGCAGGAGAGAUAGAGAGGGAGCCGUCCCGCAAGGAUGAAUCGGAAUAAUUUGGGGCUUCUGGUGACCACAAUUUGUCAACCGUUUCAUGAUGAGAGAUGGUUGAAAAAUUAAUUAAAGAAUAUGUUCAAUAGCAAAGAUUAAAGGAUUCAGAAACUUCAAAAAUCUUUUCCGGGAUUAUCGGGCGGAAUUUCGAUUUUGAGACUACAAUUGAAGGUAACGUUAACGUUAUAAAAUGACCUGUCACUUUCCAUUAAAUUUCCGAUUAGUCUUCAAAAAAACAUCUUGGAUUUUCAGUAGCGUUUAAGAUUCGAAUUGAUGACUUUUCGAUCUUUAGAGUGAUAACGAAAUAUAAUAAUUAAAUGUCUAAAUUUCGGGAAAUAAAUUUUGGAAAAGCUUCAAACUUUGGUCAGUGGAAAAGUUUGAACCGCGUUUUUCUCAAAUGCACAAUUAUGCGUAGGGCACUGUUGUCAACAUCAGUCAAAAAUUGCGAAUCUAUAAAAAAAAAUGGUUCUGCCCUCAUAGCCACACUUUUCCAAAGACUUCUGAGUAAAGCGUUUUUUCCAAAAGCAAACAAAAAAGUUAUUUUUUUCCGAAAGGAAAAUACCGUUGCUAUUUUGACAAAUCACUUUGCACGUGUCAAUUUUUCAAAAAAAAAAAAAAAACAGUGAAUUUUCUGCGAAAGAAUAAAGUUGUAAAUAUCGGGUACAAAUAAUAAUGUUGAUUGCAUUUUGAGAAAGAUAAAUUCAAAGGAGGUGAUUGGUUUCUUAGAAUGAUUUCAAAGCAUUUAUACCUUCAAUUUACAAAUUCAAUAAAGUUCAGACUGUGAAGACUGUGUUCAUGGAGCCGAAAUAUAUCAUACCUUGACGAAACUUAAGCUUUUACUGACAUCAAAUUCAAAAAUGUCGAGUUGUGUAAUUGUUCCAUGUUUUUAUGUUGUUUUUCAGAGUGAUUUCCUUGGUAUUCUGUUUUAAAGAGAUACGGGUUUUUUUUCUAAUAUUAUUCAGCCAGCAAGACUUGUCUUAAGAUUAAUAUUGUUCAAACAUGUACAGUUCUUUUUCGGUCAGUUUUGGAACUGGGCUACGUUCUCAGCACAUUUAUCGAACAAUUACUGUAGUGGGGAGGCCACACAAUUUCCAUGUAUGUUUAAAAAUAAAAGUUUUUUCAAUGGUACUUAAACAAAAUGUUUCUUUGAAAAUUGUUAUUAAAAAACCGGGCUACUUUUAUAGUGUCUGGGUUUGUUUCAAAUUUAAGCCUAAAAGUUUACAAAUUAAAUUGAUCUUGUGAAAUCGGUUACUUUUUAUAUUUUAUUCGAUAAAUUCACAACGUAAUAUUUGUUCAACUUAGUUUUUCAACUUCAACUUUGAUCAGAAUUCAUUAAAAAAUGUUUUUUCAUAAAAAAUGUUGCCGCAAAGUCACCAACACCAACUUUGUAGCAUGAGUCAAACACAUUUCAAACAAUUUCUGUGAAUUGAAUAAUUUUUGAAACUUUUCAAAAUUUGUUGUAAACUACGUCUUGAGUUACUUUGAACACUUCUCUACCAAGCUUAGUAUGGUUCUAUACCAUUUAGUUUGUAUUCAAUACGUAUAUUUCAUUUUUUUAAAUCAAAACUUCUCCCCGGCUAUUAAAUGUCACUCCGGUUUACGAUAAUCUAAUUUGAGGAAAGUAAUACCUGAGAUUCUUUAUAUAAGCCUUCUUUUUUAACUGACAAUACUGCCGUUCUACGCACAAAAAAUGACAUGGGACAAUUAUGCGUAGAACGGCAGAAUAGCUUGAACAAUUACAUGUUUUUGAAAUUUGGCAAUCUUUUCAAUUAAAUAAUUUGCGAAAUAUCAAAAACAAUCGACAUAUUUUUUUUCCUUUUGAAAUAUUUUGCCUGACACUGGUUUUUGUAUAUAAUUUUUUUUUGAAAAUUGGAAAAUUUCACAAAUUUUUUACUUUUUCGAAGCUGCUUAACCUUGAUACAUAGUGUUAAACUAACAGGCUAUCGUUUCCAAUAAUUACAAAUUACAAAAAAAAAGUUGGAGAUCAAUCGAAUAGUUACCAAUCUCAGCAAAUAUUUGUCCGAUUUUCAAAGUCAAAAAUUAUAUUUGUAGAGAGUUUUCUUAUUUAGAGCAACUUAAAAAUAAUAAUAGAAAACAACUUAAAUAACAAAUAAUGUGAAGUACUUUUCGAUUGCAAAUGAUUUGAGAUUUUUUUGGAGUUCAUUUUCAAUAUUUUUGGAAAAUUAUGAUUAAAAAAAUGUUGCCUUUUGCCUCAUGUUUCAAAAACUGAAAUUUCGCGAUAAUUUAUUUUUUAUCAGUAAAUAUUUUGAAGUAACAAAAUGCAAAAAAAUAAAAAUUUACUUCUUUUCAAUUUACUGAGAAGUUCUGAGUUUAUCAAAAAAACAAUCUUCCUAGACUCCACAUUUGAUUUCACAUUUGUCUUGAUUGGUUUAUAUGUGAUGUAAUGAUUUUAAACCCAGUCAAAAAUUACCAAUGAUUAUCUUUUCAUUUUGUGUUGGUCAAAUUUUUCAAUACGAUCUAUUCUACAAUGAUGCAUUCAAGCCAAAAAACUGUAUUCGAUAUGUACGAAAAGCGAACCGCCCCAAAUUCUUCACACAAUCAAUGCGGACAAAUCAUUUGGCCCCGUCUAAGUAUUUAUGAAAACUAACUUAAUCCACCUGCGUGCCUUUCUCACUUCUAACCAAAUAUGGGCAAAUAAUUUUUAUCUGGGUUUUAAACUUUAAACACAGGUAGACAGACAUUUGUUCAGUUUUCGAGUCGAUAGGUAAAGAUGAAGGUGGGUCUACGAGCUUUAUGUGAAAAGUUCAUUUUGAGAGCAGGAGCCUUAUCUCAGCGAGGAAGACAAAAAUUCAAGGUGCAUAUCCAGAGUUUUUUUUGAUUAGGUCCUAUAAACAUAUGAAAGACAAUAGUUUAUUGGUCCUUUUCAAAAGAAACUCUGGAUAUGUUUUGGGACACCUUGUAAUAUGUUCCCUAUGAAUUGAGAAUGAUUGCAGUUAAAAAUUGGGAUCCACUGGCUAAGUUGAAAUCAGUAGGAAAUUUUCUUUACAAUUGUCUUGAUUUUUUGUUUUGCUAGUUGAAAAACAAAAUAUUGAAACGAUAAUAUUCCAACACAAUGAAAAGUUAUCAUUUCUUAUGCUUGAAGUUGUUCUCACACUGGAUGAAAAAAAUAAGAGCCCGAGCAGACGGUAAUAACAAAAUUCAUGCCAUUUCAAUAACAAAUACUGUUAAAAUAACAGAAAGUGUUAUGGAAUCUUCUUUAAAAGUCUAUUUUUGAAUAAGGGUUUAAUAACAGUUUAUGUUAUCUUAACAAAAUUUGUUUUUGGUGAUAUUGGUUGAAAGCCAAAACAACUUUGGAAUAACAUAUUUUGUUAUAGAAGAAUACCUCCAACUGUUAUUGAGAUGAUCGGAUUAGUUGUUAAAAUAAUAAAAAAUAAUAACAAAUUUUUGUUCUAAGAAUUACUAAGAAUGUUAUAAGUCUGUUAUUACAAUAACAAUCCAAUAACAAAAAAAUCAUAAUGACGAAUAACAAAUCUUGUUAUUAAUAACAUAAAAUGUUAUUGGCCUAGUAUUUUCAAAUAUCAAAAAAUGUUAUUCCCAAGUUGAGCAAUGAAAGUUUUAUACUACUCGAACCUAUUGAUGAAGGACACUAUUUUGUAAUUUCCGAUUGUUCGUAAGAUCAGCAUCAUUCAAAAAAUAAUUGAAUUUGGUGCUGAACUUUUUUUUUUAAUUUGGAUUUCAUCAGACUCCAACAAUGUGUUUGUUUAAAUUGAGUAGUCAAAUGGCUUGACUAGUUUAAACUCUUCUUGAACUCAGCUCGUGCGAAAAAAGAUCACACAAGUUUACAUUCGUAAGACUCAAGUUACAAAUUCGAGAGUAGUAGCACUGUGAAUGAAAAGACAAGAUUUAAAAUAUUUAUGUAUAGAUUCAAAAACAAGACAAAAACACAAGAGAAAAACAACAACAAUGAAAGCAGUAUUAGCGACUGAGAAUUCAAUGACAAGGUACAAUAAUUGCUCAUUACUUUGAAAGAAGAAAAAAAAAAACACAGGCCUAAUGUUCGCGCUCAAAGAGAGGUAGUGAACAAUGCAAAACAAAGUAAAACAUAAUGAAAAUUAAAACAAGAUUACUGAAAGCGAGGCGAGACAUCGUUCUGAAAAACGAAAAUUGGUAGGAAUAAACAAAAUAUUUAUUGUAAAUUUGAAAUAAACAAAACAAACAAACAUAGCAUCAUGCUUGCCCAAUCUUCAGUUAACUAAAACGGUGAAAUCAGAAAAAACGCGGUUAUUCAUCAUCAAAAUCUUACGUAGCGAAGAAACUACACAGAAGUUUCAAACUAGAAGUAAACAAUUAAAAUAUCGAACAAACAAAAAACUAACAUUGCGACUCGAAACGAGGAAAUGGAAAUGGUUGUGUCAUAAUCAAAAUAACAUACAGAAAACAAGAUAAAACAAAUAGAAGGCGUUAAGAAAAGAAGUAGUCGGACAAACAUUGUAUCAAAACAGAGUCACUCAAAAUGAGGUGCGAAAGAAAACAUUGCGUGCGAAUGCUUUCAGGUUAGCUACGUAAGGCCAUCCUGUACAUAGUUUUGUAUUGUGUGUUAAGAAAUUUUUAGUUGAAAAU